UUUGCGUUUUUGUGUAAUUCCUGCUGGAGCAAAGCAAGCAGCCGCGUUUAGACGGUCCGGCUCUGAUAAGGGGUGAGUUAGAAUCCUUUUAUAUGAAUUCAGUUCACACAUAUGGCUUUUUACCUCCUCUAAUUUAAAAUGAACAAACCAUCUUAUUUAGGACAGGAUUCCUAUUUGGUCUAAAUUAACUUAAAAGCAUUCAGUGCUUAAGAGAUCAUCGCUUUCUGCCAGAGACUUCAAUCACAAACAAUGUAGGAUUUCGGCUGUUUGAAGGACUCAGCUAGGCAUAUUCAUGCCGAUGGAUUUCCUCCUGACUGACUUGUACCUUAAGUGGUUGCACAGAAAGGCCCUUGGAUUAGUGCUUUGUUCACUAGUCAUCAGCCUGAAAAGCAUGUCCAUCCUGGGGGACGUCUGUCCCAGGUUGUGUCGCUGCGAUGCCAAGCUGGCGUACUGUGAUGGACUCAAUCUCACUGAUGUACCACAGAAUCUCAGCAGUGCUAUGGGCUUGUCUCUGCGGGACAACAGUCUUACAGAGCUGCGAGAGAGACAGUUUGCCAGCCUGACUCAGCUACUGUGGCUCUAUCUGGACCGUAACAGAAUCGAGUCCGUGGAGGAGAAUUCCUUUGCAAGAUUGCGGAGGGUGAAGGAGCUCAAUCUCAACACUAACAAGAUCAACAGUCUGCCCAAUUCCACAUUCAGAGCCCUGUCCAACCUUCGCAUUUUGGAUUUAUCAAACAACAACAUCCAGGCACUGGAACCCAAUCUUUUCUAUGGCCUCAGGAAGCUGACCGACCUGAACCUGCGGCACAAUGCCAUCAAGUAUGUUCCUGUGAGGAGCUUUCAAGACUGCCGGAGCAUGCAGUUCUUAGAUCUGGGCCACAAUCAGCUGCAGAGCCUGGCACGCAACUCCUUCGCCGGCUUGGUGAAGCUCACUGAGCUGCACCUGGAGCACAACGAACUGGUGAAGGUCAAUCUGGCCCAUUUCCCCCGACUGCUUUCCCUGCGCAGCCUUUACAUGCAACAUAACAGGGCGACCAUCGUGGUGAGCACGCUGGACUGGACCUACCAGUUCCUCGAAAGGAUCGAUUUCUCAGGCAAUGCAAUCGAAUAUAUUGAACCUCAUGUCUUUGAUGGUGUGCCAAAUCUGAAAUCCCUGCAGCUGGAUCUUAACAAGCUGACCUACAUUGACCAGAGGAUCCUGAACUCUUGGGCAUCCCUCACCAGCAUCACACUAUCAGGGAACACAUGGGAAUGCAGCAGGAAUGUCUGUGCCCUGGCCUCCUGGCUGAGCAGUUUCAAGGGCCAAUGUGAUGAUGGCCUGCUGUGUUCUAGCCCGGACAUGACUCAGGGCGAGGACAUCCUUGACGCUGUGUAUGCGUUCCAACUUUGCGAGGAUUCUGUAGACACCACAACACAAAUGUACACCAUGAGCAGGGAGAGGGCCAGGGGUUACAGCCAUGAAGAAGCCACCAGGAACCCCCACGGACUGCAGCAUACAGAGGCGGGGCAAAUGGUGACAAGCUCUUUCACAGUGACUGAUGCUAGCAAUGACCUCGAGAGCACUAUGCACAUCCACAAGGUGGUCACCGGCACUAUGGCCUUGAUCUUCUCCUUCCUGAUUGCAGUGCUCAUGCUCUAUGUGUGCUGGAAGUGCUUUCCAGCUAGUGUGAGAAGGAUAAGGAAUUGCUUUGCCAGCCAGAGGCGCAAGCAAAAGCAGAAGCAGACCAUGCAGCAGAUGGCAGCCAUGUCUGCACAGGAGUACUAUGUCGAUUACAAACCCAACCACAUGGAGGGCGCCUUAGUCAUUAUCAACGAGUAUGGAUCAUGCACCUGCCAGCAACAGGCGUCACGUGAGUGUGAGGUGUGAACUGCGGACCCUGUGGGCUUUAUAGAUGAUACCGAACCAACACUGCACUGCUGAGGACCGACUGUGACUGUGGAUUUACUGCUGAGCUACAGCUGCAGCUUCUCUUCUCCUCCCCAAUGAUGAUGAAGAGCACUGUUGCUCUUUCAAAGGGUGGAUAUUCUAGCUUUAAUGUGCCCUUUAUCUCGAGGAUAUUCAAACCACCUUGGCACAGCUUCAAUCAGUUUUCAUUGGCAGACGACUGAAAAGGAGAUACUUUAAAAUACGAUGAAGCAGAAAUGCAAAAGCAAAUUAAGA